AGUUACCUCACAUUCUAACGAAAGCCAUUUCAGUUCUGUUCUUAAAAACAGUUCGUUUAAGCCUCUAGUUUUACAUUAACUAGAUUCAGUUUCCACCCGUCGGUUAGCUAAAUCAGAUUGGAGUGAAGCUCACUAACGCAAGAUCUUACGCCAUGGCCUCUCAGAAUAUGGACCCCGCAGCAGCCUCGUCCACAGCAGCACUGAAGGGCAGCGAAACCAACGUCAGCGUGUCGAAAGGAUCCGUCACUAAAAGGCUUCAGCAAGAGCUGAUGACGCUAAUGAUGUCAGGAGACAAGGGCAUUUCAGCAUUUCCAGAGUCUGACAAUCUCUUCAAAUGGAUUGGCACAAUAGAUGGAGCUCAAGGAACGGUUUAUGAAGGUUUGAGGUACAAACUUUCCCUGGAGUUUCCUAGCGGUUACCCCUACAAUGCCCCUCGGGUGAAAUUCGUCACUACUUGUUUCCACCCAAAUGUUGAUGAGAAUGGCUUCAUCUGCCUAGACAUUUUAAAGGACAAGUGGUCUGCACUAUAUGAUGUCCGCUCCAUUCUAUUGUCCAUUCAGAGUUUAUUAGGAGAACCCAACAAUGAUAGUCCAAUGAACUCUGCAGCUGCUGAACUAUGGGAUGACCAGGAAGCAUUCAAAGCCCAUUUGCACGCAACCUACAAGAACUGAGCAUGAACAUUAACAUCUGCCUCUUGUUUUAUCUGUGUCUGUUUUCUUGUUUGUAAUGUAAAUUUUCUGUAUUGGGUUUCUGUGUAUAUUUUUCAAUGUUGUCCUAAAUAAAAUGCUGAUUGAAUUGA